AUGCGCAAGAAGUGGCUCAGCGUCCCCAAGAAAGCUCCACAGACCGGGAGGCGCGGAUCCACGCACAAGGGAAAGCCGUUGCCUCGCGGGCCCAACGCAGCUCCCGUGACGAGAUCCGAUGCUUCGCGCUCGCCCGCGAGCGUUCGGCCCACCAGUAGCAAUGAAAGUGUCGACGAGUUGGACGAGGAUGCGGACGGGGGCACAGCGAAGCGGAGAAAGAGGCAAAUUGAUCGCGAGGUUAGGGCCGAGCCGGAGCUCACUCGCAAAUGGCUCAGCAAGCCGCGAAGGAGCACGGGGAUGGACCGGUACGAGCUCGCGGCUGAAGAAGCCAGUCUCGCGACAGACCGCAGCAAGCUCGCCUUGGAGAUUGCGAAGGCCGGCGGGGACAAUGCGCAUUACGCCGCCAACAAGGUAGAGGCGGCGGAGCGCAGGGUCGCUAUUCUCGAGCGCAAGGUCGCAAAGCUCGAGAGCGACCUUGAGGACAGCAACCAGCGCACCGCGACGCUCGAGUCCCGCCUCGCGAAGCUCUCGAAGGACGUCAGGAAGAUGCGGAAGUGA